AUGUCAACUGCCGCUCAAGAAGAGUUUAACGACCUGGUCGCCAAGAAUACAUAUCGCGAAACCCUCCACCCUGAGGACCGUGACGAUCCCGAUCUCAAGAACCACCAAGAUCUUUCCGAAGAAGACGUUUUCCGUAACGCCCAGAUCGAUAACGCAAUGCGUAUGCCUACUGUUGAUCGCCUCACCGGCGCUGGCGCCUCCGAGAUCAAGCUCCCUCCUGUCUCUUUCGACAGCGGCCGCGCUACUGGCGUCAAGGGAGUCAUUGCCGAUGCGCGGAACUACGAGGCUGCCCGUAAGAACAAGUGGCGACACCGAGUCCGCACUGCCCGCAACAGCAUCUUCGGCAUUGAAGCUCCCACUCCCGUCAAGAGCGAUACCGAGAGCAGCGAUGACGAUGCGAAGAGCGCAAGUGAUGCCGACGAGGAGGCCUUCCUUGCUGAGUGGCGCGAGAGCCGACGACGUGAGCUUGAGAGCGAGGCCAGCCGAUCUGUCAGAAAUCGACGAACAAGUCCCAGUGUACGCAUCUAUGGCCGACUAGAUGAGGUUGAUGCCCUCGGAUACCUCGACGCCAUUGAGAAGGUUGGAAGGGAAACAACUGUUGUCGUGUUUGUGUAUGAUCAUGAGUGUGAGGUCUCUGCUACUAUCGAGUCAGCACUCAUGCCCAUUGUCAAGACCAACCCCGAGGUUCACUUCGUCAAGGUUCACUACGAAGAGAUAGAAUUCGAUAACGCUGCCGUGCCCGCUAUGCUCGGAUAUCGAAACCAAGGUGACCUGUUCGCCAACUUGACAGGCUUGAUCGAGAUGAUCCCUGACGAUGAGACUUUUGGCACCUCAUCGUUAAAGCAACUACUACAAAAACACACUAUUCUAUAA